UGACAGUGUGGGGAUUUGGAGCAACCCGGCUGGAUGUGACCCCCAGGACAGAAUGGUGCUGGACUCGGGGGCUCAGGUGUAUGAACGGGUGCCCUCCAGCCCACCUGCCAGUCCCUUGUCCCAGCACCACAGACUGAAACCCUCAGACCGAGAUGGGCCACCCCUGUACUCCUGGCCUCAGUCCCUGGCUGUGCCCCUGGCUCUGGCAGUCCCCUCAACAGUCCAGCCCCAGCGUGAGUGGCAGCCGUUCUCAAAGCUGCAUUUGGGCAAUUGUGGCCACAUGCGUCGCAGUGAGAGCACCUACACUGUAAAUACUGCUGGCCGACGGGGGCGUGGCACCCAGGGACUGGCCCCACCUGGACGGGGACAGGACCCAGGUGGGGGCACUCUGCGGUCUGCAGCCUCCCUGCCUCACAUUGCUAAGACUCGAAAGGAUGCAGCCAAUGGUACUAGCAAGAGCCCCUGCAUGUUGGUGGCCCUUCGGCCAACCAACAUGGACCAUGAGCGGGACAAGUUCUUCCAGUCCCAGUACACCUAUGAUCCACAGUUCGAGUACCAGGAGCCCAUGCCCACGACUGUGCUGGAGAGAUACCGUGAGGCCUCUGGACAGUUCAUCCAUCAGGCAGUUGGCAUCAUUGAGGCUGUCCUGGAGAAGUUUGGAACCUAUGAACACUUUGAGGCUGCCACUGGGGGCCAGCUGCUGACCAAGUGCCAGAUUUGGUCCAUUGUGCGAAAAUACAUGCAGAAGGAGGGCUGUGUUGGGGAGGUUGUGGUGCAGCUGAGUGAGGACCUGCUGUCCCAGGCAGUGAUGAUGGUGGAGAAUAGCCGACCCACACUGGCCAUCAACUUGACUGGAGCCCGCCAGUACUGGCUGGAGGGCAUGCUGCGGCACGAGAUAGGAACUCACUAUUUGCGGGGCGUGAACAAUGCGCGACAGCCAUGGCGCAGCGCUGAGGGCCGGCUGCAGUAUGGGCUGCGCCCAGCCAACCCUACUGAGGAGGGCUUGGCCAGCCUGCACAGCGUGCUGUUCCGCAAGCAGCCAUUCCUGUGGCGUGCCGCCCUGCUAUACUACACCAUCCACCAAGCCGCACACAUGUCCUUCCACCAGCUCUUCCAGGACCUGGAGCGCUACGUGCAGAACGCCGAUGUGCGCUGGGAGUACUGUGUGCGCGCCAAGCGAGGCCAGACUGACACCUCCCAGCCUGGCUGCUUCAGCAAGGACCAGGUGUACCUGGAUGGCAUCGUGCGCAUUCUGCGGCAUCGCCAGACCAUUGAUUUUCCAUUGUUGACCUCGCUGGGCAAGGUCUCCUAUGAGGAUGUGGACCACUUGCGGCCCUAUGGAGUGCUGGAUAAGACCCGAGUGCCCCACUUCAUGCAGGACUUGGAACGCUAUCGACAGCAGCUAGAACACAUCAUGACUACCAACCGGCUGGAUGAAGCAGAGCUGGGCCGUCUGCUGCCCGAUUGAUUUUGGUUGAGGGCUAUAGGCAGAAGCCCUGGACAGAGGCCUCCAGGUCAGCCCCCAGAACACGAAGCUGUCUGCUCUGUGC